UCCACUUCCAUUGCUGACCUUCCAUUUUAUACAGCACCACCAUUGGCAGAACCAAUUGAGAGAGAGAGAGAGAGAGAGAGAUGCCAAAAAAUGAAUAUGUUCCACUCUUCGAAACAAGGCAAGUUAAGGGACGAAUUCUUUUCCGGUCUGUUGCAGCUUCCAUCUUCCUCGCCAUCUGCUUCGUCUUCAUCUACAGAGUAAAGUUUCUCCCAGCGGAAGUAAGAGCCGAGAGAUUGAGUUGGAUCGGAUUGUUUCUUUCUGAAAUAUGGUUCAGUUUCUAUUGGUUUCUCACCGCAGUUUGUAGGUGGAACUCUGUCCAUCGUCUUCCCUACAUACACAGGCUCUCUCAGAGGUUCGGGAAAGAAUUACCGGGCGUCGACGUAUUCGUGUGCACGGCGGAUGCGUCGAUAGAGCCGCCGUGCAUGGUGGUGAACACGGUUCUGUCAGUGAUGGCGUAUGAUUAUCCACCUCAGAAGUUAAGCAUCUAUUUAUCGGACGACGGGGGAUCGGAGUUGACGUUUUAUGCCAUGGUAGAGGCUGCGGAAUUGUCGAAGACAUGGCUUCCUUUCUGCAACAAGUUCAAAGUAGAACCCAGGUCUCCCGAGGCUUAUUUUAGGACGGCUUCUGAACCAGUCGAUGUCAAGGAGUGGGGUUUAGUUAAGAAACAAUACGAGGACAUGAGAAUGAGGAUUGAGGCCACCACAAAGAUGAACCGAAUUCCAGACCACAUUCGGAAACAACACAAAGGAUUUCGUGAGUGGGACUUGGGUUCAAGCAAACAUGAUCAUCAAACCAUUCUGCAAAUCCUAAUUGAUGGGAGAGACUCCAAUGCUGUGGAUGUUGAAGGAAACCCUUUGCCGACUCUUGUGUAUUUGGCAAGAGAGAAAAGACCUCAAUAUGACCACCAUUUCAAAGCUGGUGCCAUGAAUGUUCUUAUUAGGGUAUCGUCGAAGAUAAGUAAUGGUCCAAUUAUUCUCAACGUGGAUUGCGAUAUGUAUUCAAACAAUUCAGAGUCGAUCAAAUAUGCUCUGUGCAUUUUCAUGGAUGAAGAAAAGGGUGAUGAGGUUGCCUUUGUACAGUUCCCUCAGAAUUUCGAUAAUCUCACCAGAAAUGAUAGUUAUGGUAGCUCUUUCAGAGUGGCACAGAAGUUGGAGUUUCAGGGUCUUGAUGCGAAUGGAGGACCAUGCUACAUUGGCACAGGAUGUUUUCACAGAAGAGAGGCUCUUUGUGGGAAGAAAUAUGACAGAAACUAUAAGGUUGAUUGGAAGAAACUAAAUCAUAUCAAGGUUGAAGAAAGUGCAGGCCUUCUUGAAGAAACAUGUAAAGUUCUUGCAAGCUGUUCCUUUGAACACGAAACGGCAUGGGGAAAAGAGAUGGGUUUAGUAUAUGGCUUUCCUGUGGAAGACGUAGUUACAGGGUUGAGUAUACAAUGUAGAGGAUGGAAAUCCAUGUAUUUAGACCCUGAAAGAAUAGGCUUCUUAGGGGUUGCACCAAUAACACUAUUGCAGUCGCUGGUGCAACAUAAGAGAUGGAGUGAAGGUCAUCUUCAAAUUUUCCUAUCAAAAUACUGUUCCUUGUUGUAUGGAUAUAAGAAGAUUCCGCUUAAGCUUCGACUUGCUUACUGUCCUUAUAACUUGUGGGCUGCAAAUUGCUUGGCGACGUUGUACUAUGUUGUUGUCCCAUGCCUUUGCCUGCUUAAAGGGAUCUCAUUGUUUCCUAGGAUAUCAAGACUCUGGGCGCUCCCAUUCGCAUAUGUUGCCUUUUCACACCGUGCAUAUAGCCUCGGUGAAUUCGUAUGGUGCGGAGGCACAUUCCGAGGUUGGUGCAAUGAUCAAAGGAUGUCGUUGUUCAAGAGAACAACUUCGUACUUCUUCGCCUUCUGUGAAACCAUCUUUAAGCUAUUAGGGUAUUCACAACCAGCCUUCGUCGUCACUGCCAAGAUAGCCGAUGAAGACAUCUCGGAAAGAUAUCAUCGCGAGCUGAUCGAGUUCGGUGCCGCGUCACCGAAGUUUGAUAUUUUAGCCACACUUGCGGCGUUGAAUCUGUUCGGUAGCUUUGGAGCAAUAAAAAAUGUCAUCUUGGAUUCUAAGAUUAUAGACCAAUUCGGGUUGCAAAUUCUCCUCUGCUUGGUUUUGGUUACAAUCAACUUGCCUGUAUACCAAGCACUCUUUUUCCGGGAGGACAAUGGAAAGAUGCCUACUUCAGUUACUUACAAGUCUAUCAUUUUAGCCUUGUUGGCAUGUACUGUAGCCAUGUAUUGAA